AUGGACCUUCUGAAGGGAUGGAUGCCAAAGUCAAGUACGCCAGUCGUGCUGCACAUAUACGAUCUGGGCAAGCAGCUCUAUGGCGUCAACGUGGUUUGCAAAGCUAUCGGUACUGGGGCCUUCCACGCAGGAGUGGAGGUGUAUGACAGAGAGUGGAGCUACGGCGGCGGCGUGAACGGCCCGAGCGGUUCUGGUGUUUUUUGCUGCAGGCCACGAGGCUGCGAUGCCCACUCCUACCGUGAAGCCGUUCCUAUGGGCACCACCGCAAUGUCCAAGAGCGCCGUAGAAGCGCUCAUAAAGGAUCUUGCCAAGAAGUGGAAGGGUGCCGAGUAUGAUUUGCUGCGGCACAACUGCUGCCACUUCUCCGACGCACUCUGCAUCGCCCUCGGGGUGGGGCACGUCCCUGGCUGGGUCACAAGCUUGGCUGGAGUGGGUGCCAUGUUGAGGAGCGGCACUCGCCUAGCCGCCGUGGGUGCUGCUGCUGUACCGCAGCUUGCGGUGCAAGGCUUCACAGCAGUGGCUGAACUACUGGCAGGCCCGGACCCUGAGGAGGAAAGGCAGCUCGAGAACGCCAAGCCACUUGAGGAAGGAGAUUCCCCCGCAGAUGCACGAAGACCUGACCCGAUGAGAUGUCAGAUCGACGGCCAGCUGAAAGAUGCCGACAAAUACGCAGCAUACGCAGGAUACAUCCGUAGGGCUCCUGCAGAAGCUGGCCGCGUGCUCAGAGACAGCGCUGUCAAAUCCGAUGGCACUCCUUCGCCGAGAAGUCCUGCACCCACAAGCCCCCCAUCAGCUGCAAGGAUGGAGUCCGAGCAUGCGGGACUUGCUGUGGGCGACGCAAUAGAGGUCUUCAGCAACUCCCGACAACUCUGGUGUUCUGGAGAGGUCAAAUCCGUGGACUUGCAAGGGUCCCCGCCCGCCGUGGAAGUGAUUUUCUGGCUACCCGGCUCAUCCGACAUCGGCACUGGCGAGAUGGCUGCCAAAAAGGUGGCACUGGGAUCCAAGGACUUGCGGAAGUUGCAAAGAAUGUCCUCCGAGCCUGCGCCAUCUUGGUCGGUGGGAGAUUUGGUGGAAGUGUUUAGCAACUCCAAGAACUCCUGGUGUUCCGGCCGUAUCACCCAAGUAUCGACAGACAAGGUGAAGGUUGUGUACCAGCCACCAGGUGCAUCACCCGAUGAUUGGCUCGAAAAGGAGCUGAUGAUGGGAUCCGAUGCAUUGAGGAAGGCCCAACUCUCGGAGAUUGCAUCCCCCGUGAGCCCGAAGAAGAAGCUGAUUUGGAGCGACGCAGAGGAGGCCGCUUACAAAUCAGCCUUCUCACAGCUUCGACCAAAAAAACAGACACCGCCCGUGUUGGAUGCGAACGUCCUGGCCGAGUACUUGAAAACCUCAAAGCUGCCUAGGAAAGUGCUCAAAGAGAUUUGGAAGGCUUCAGUAAAGUCUGCCACUCAAGCAGACUUUGAAGAGUUCGGGAGCUGUUGCCGGCUCGUGGCGCACUGUCAGAAAGCGCUGAAGGAGCGCGACCAGGCAACCAUCGAAGUGAUGGAGCAGGCAGGCGUGCAAUUCAAGCAACUAUUGUUGGACAAAUUCGUGGAGCAAGCUCCCGCAGUACUACCGGACUUUUAUGCUGGGCCAGCCAGCUCAGGGUACUGA